UAGCGUGAACUCUCAUGAGAUCAGCAGUCGUGGCGUGCAUCUGCUCUGAGCUCCGAUCUGCUCGGAGCUGUUGACGUUCGGAAGACUUUGCUCCGGUGGCGCACACUGUUGCUGUCGCCACACGUUCACGACGUUAUCUUUCGAUUGCGUCAAAAGCGUUGAGUCAUUCCGUUCAAUAAAAAUUACGAGUAACAACCUACUAAAAUCCAGAAAAAUAUGCCUCUCUCUGUGGCUACUAUACCACACGCCAUAAAUCAUGUAUUUCAAAACAAAGAACCAUGGCAGGUAGCAGCUAUGACGAGUACAGCCACACUUGCUACUGUGUGGUUAUGGAACUUUAUAUAUCAGGAUGAGAGUAUUUUAGAACGUGGCAAGAAACAGCUAUUUAGAUUAGCUCGUUAUAUUCCUUCUGUACGUAACAAGAUAAAUGAAGAGUUACUUAAUGUCAAUGAAUCCUUUGAGAAGGAGGUUCUACGCAGACUCAAGGAUGCUUCGUUCGUCGUAAGGCUUCCUAAAGAUGGAUUAAAAAAUGACAAAAUAUUAAAUUUAGUAAAUGAAUAUGUUCAUUUAGGUGAUUAUAAAUGGGAAGAAGGUCGUGUAUCAGGCGCAAUAUACAGAACUAACAACGAACUCGCACAACUGAUUGGAAAUGUUUACGCGGUUGCAUCGUACACCAAUCCAUUACACCCCGACAUUUUUCCCGGGAUUUGCAAAAUGGAAGCAGAAGUAGUUAGAAUAGCCUGCCACUUGUUCAACGGGGACAAAGCGUCUUGUGGAACUAUGACUUCGGGUGGCACGGAAUCAAUUUUAUUAGCGUGUAAGGCCUACAGAGAUUAUGCUCGUGAUGUUAAAGGUAUAAAGAAGCCAGAGAUGGUGGUACCAGUCACUGCUCAUGCAGCGUUCGAUAAAGCUGCUCAAUACUUGAACAUAAAGAUAUAUUUCGUACCUGUCAAUCCACACAGCUACACAGUUUGCAUUCGAACUAUGAAAAAGUUCAUCACGAAAAAUACAAUAAUGUUAGUAGGAUCUACGCCGAAUUUCCCUUAUGGAACUAUGGAUAAUAUUGAAGCCAUAUCUGAACUAGGUGUAAAAUACAAUAUACCCGUUCACGUGGAUGCUUGUCUAGGUGGUUUUCUUGCCUGUUUUAUGUCUGAAGCUGGCUAUCCGUUACCACCCUUUGACUUCAGUCUCCCUGGUGUGACCAGCAUAUCUGCCGACACUCACAAGUAUGGAUAUGCUCCAAAAGGAUCGUCGCUAAUUCUUUAUCGAAAUAAACAAUACCGAUACUAUCAGUACACGAUAACAACUGAUUGGCCCGGUGGUAUAUAUGGUUCUCCUACGAUAAAUGGUUCUCGAGCCGGCGGUAUUAUAGCCGCUUGCUGGACCACCUUAAUGCAUUAUGGAUACGAUGAAUACGUGAAGUCAACUAAAAAAAUCAUUGAAACUACGAGAUAUAUUGAACGAAGGUUGAGAACUACAGAAGGAAUUUUUGUGUUUGGCACACCAGCCACAUCUGUUAUUGCAAUCGGUUCCAAUGAUUUCCACAUCUAUAGACUGUCGGAGGCGCUUAGCGAUAAAGGCUGGAAUUUAAAUACGCUGCAAUUCCCUUGCGGCAUACACUUGUGCGUUACACACGUGCAUACUGAACCAGGUAUUGCCGAUCAAUUUUUAGAUGAUCUUCAUGCGGAACUGAAAAUUAUUAUGGAAACUCGAAAUACUCCAGUGAAAGGAAAGCUUGCAAUGUACGGAAUGAGUCAAAGUAUCCCGGACCGAAGUGUAGUCGGUGAUUUUACAAAAUGCUUUUUAGAUUCCAUGUAUUAUACCUCAGAAAAUGAAACACAAGAAUGAUUCCAUAUUUACUCAAGAAAACAAUAAUUUUGUAUUACUACAAUGAAGAUAUAAAAGGCAUAUAUAUUUUCUAUGCGACUGAAUAUGAAAGGUUGAAAGAAAUAUUUAAUAAUUAAUUUUUUUAAUCCAAGUAUUUGUAUGAGACAUGAAUUUGUAAACAGAUAUCUUUAUUAAUUUACUAUAAAUGCUCUUUUUUAUAUUGUAAAAUAUUAAAAAUUAUUAGUAAUUCAUGCAAGUAUAGAAAUAUUAGUAUCUUUAAAAAAAGAACAUUUUUGUUUUGUAAAUAAAUUUAAAGACUCUAAUUUAUAUAAAAAGUAUGUGUGAUUGAUUGCUUUACAAGAAUUACAAGAUGUCACAAAAAAAGAAUAGACUGACGGUAGAAAUUUUUGUAAGCAUGUCAUUUAUAAAAUUAUACGUUUUAUAUAUAUGUAUACAUAUUUUAACUGAUUAUGCAUUGAAUACAAACAGAUAAUUUUCAAUUUAUUAUUUCAAUAAUAUUAUAUUAAAAUGAUAUAUAUCGAUUAUAAAGAAGGCAACACAAAUAUUUUUAUUCUGAAAAAAUAAAAUAUUUUUCUAAAUUA